AUGCCCCAGAAAGAUACGGCCAGAAGAGCUUUGGGGAAGUCAAGCCGUUCAUCAGCGGAAGCAUCCCCUGGCACUCGAUCGCAAACGCCUAAAGUUACAACUGGACCCCCGACAUUGUUUGACAAACGCAGUGGAUCUGCAGGCCGUCAUUUAGCCCAACAGCCUUAUACCCCUUCGAAUAGAGGCCCGAUUCAAUCCGAGCGCAGUCGAAAAAAGAGGAGGUAUAUGCAUCCGGAGCAGUCACGGCCAGCCCUUGACCAGAGUGACGUACACAAUAGCGAUGACGCAGCCUCAAACAUCCACGAGCCUAUAUAUGAUUGUGCGGCUGAUGCUGUGUACAAAUUCAAUGAUAUUGAAGGAGGUUCCAGUUCUCAGAAUGAAUCCGAUAUUGAACGCAGAGGAUCAGAUUACCCUUACACUUCAGCUACAUCUGUAUCACGACGGCUUCACAUCGAAGAACAACAACCCAUCUCAGACAGUAACACUCCCAGCCAGACUUCGGCGGAAGCUGGGCAUGACAGGAGAACUGUCUCUGCUCGGAAGAGACUGGUUGAUAUGCUAGGUAUAUCAGUACCGUCCACGGAGACUAGCUCGAGUGAUUUUGACUCAGUUGUAGCUGAAAACAUACAUUCAGACAACUCCCGGCCUUCGCAAGAAACCGACAACCCUCGCGCAAAUCAGAGUGAACAUCCAGAUGAAGUAGCAGAUCAUAACUCUGAAAAGGCUAUCAAAGCAGAAACUCCGAUGCUAUCCAGAUUACGGGGCUCUAGGAUCACUUAUGCACGCCAACGCUCUUUCUUGGGUAAUACUCUGAGCUUGACAGCUCUUGAACAGCGGGACACUUCGGUACCCUCUCCAGAUCCUGGUGAUGCAGAUCUGGGACACAUCACAAACAAUGAUGGUAACCAGAAUUUGGUUAGUGACGACGAAGAGAUUGAAUCCAGACCUGUGCGUAGCAUACAUGAGCUUAGACAGGCUGGAGAUAACGCUCGGUUUCGGGAGUCAGUUGAGGUGAUAUUUGAAGACAUUGAGGAUCCAUAUAACUCUCUCUCAGGGAAAUGUAGUAGCUUCGCACAGCUAUGCACAAAACUUCUCGAGCAUGCCUUCGUGCGUCGUUUCUCAGAAUAUGGUUUCAAUGAACGGCUUGUCAAGUGCAUAGCGGAUGACCAAGACGUUCUCAUUACGUCCAUGGCUUUAUGUGCAUUUAGACUAAUAUGCUCGAAUGGCCUUUUCUCUCACACAAGUCUGAGGUCUUUUUGGACCAUAAUCCUGCGAAUGUCUCACAAGCUCCUCACCAUGACCGACGACAUCACAAAUAUGGCAACUGAGGGAAUCACCGGCCUGUCCAAAACUGUGCAAAGAUCUUUCAAAAAGACCUUACCUCAGAUUUCAUCCGUGUUUUUCAGUGGGUCCCCUUCGCCGAGGCUUUCUCCCUGCUUGGUGACCCUUUCGUGCAUCCAGUUCUGCCUUUCUACCUUCCUUGAAAAGGGUGACGACAUUAAGCCUUUGCCCGCGACGCUGACGGAACAAAUUGUCGAGUUGCUGAUAACACAGCGUGACAAUUCCGCCUCCAUAGCGAGUCUUGAGAGUUAUGAGUUAACAAGGAUGUCAUUUUUGAUUCUGGAAUCUCACUCGAUGUUACCGGGAACAUCAACGUCUUCUUAUCGCAACUUUUCCCGGCUGCUUUUCGAGAAUCAUGGUAAAUUUCUGCCAUACUGUCAGUUUGAUCGGAAUAAGCAGAUUCAGAUGUUAUAUGCCAGGGUUAUUCUCAACCUUACAAAUAAUGCGCCUUCGCUCUGCGAAGAGUUUGCUACUCCUGAGAUGGUCUCGGACUUUGUCGAACUUGCCACUACUGGAUUGUCUGGCACAUCCAUGGAUUGCAAUGUGGAUGAAGAUGGACCUUUCAAUGCCCCUAUCUUAGCUUUGGGUGUGCUCAUAAACUUGUCGGAGCAAAGCGAGCUCUCACGAGCUGCUUUUCUUAAUCCAGCGUCUGAUUCUACGUCACUACUUCAGUUACUUCUCCAGCAUUUCUCCGCGGGGCUUACAUUUGUUGACCAGGCGCGCUCUGUGUCCGAAGUGCAUUACAAUGUUGUUAUUGGGUACCUCUCGAUUGUCUUGGUUACUUUGUGUCUCAACGAGGAAGCAUUGAAUCAAAUCAGGGAGUCGAUUCGUGGCGAAGGCCUUAACCUAGUCUUAUCGACGGCAGAAGAAUUCUUAAAGUUCCACCAGAAGGUUGAGCAAGACUCCCAGCUUUUUGAGAGUUCGGGAGAACGUGGAGGUAGAUCUACAACGCGCUUGAAGGAUGUCCUGAAUCAGAUACGCCAAAAAGCACGUCUUUAA